CCUUCUUCUAUUACCAUCAUCUUUUAAUUAUUAUUUUUUUCCUUCCUUCAUUCGAACAAGAAGACAUACCGAAGAAUUCAAAUCAUCCACCCGAGUCGGCAAGUCACCGGCAAUCAAAUUUAACAUUAGAUCCACUGCCAGAAUCCGUCUAAUUUUUCCGAUCAUCUGAUUUCUCAGUUCUCCGUCGAGUGUAAGUGUAAUUCUUGUUUGAUUCCGUUUACGUGAAUUGAAGAUUUGCUGCCGAGGAGAUGAGUGAUGUAUUUGAAGGUUACGAACGCCAAUACUGCGAGCUUUCGGCUGGAUUGUCGAAGAAGUGUACAUCGGCUAGUCUUCUCGAUGGAGAGCAAAAGAAGCAGAAAAUUUCUGAAAUAACAGCUGGACUCGAACAAGCUGAAGCUCUGAUACGCAAAAUGGAUCUUGAGGCAAGAAGCUUGCAGCCAAAUGUGAAAGCUGUUCUCCUUGCUAAACUAAGGGAAUACAAAUCUGAUCUGAAUAAUUUGAAGAGUGAAGUUAAACGACUUGCAUCAAACAACUUAAAUCAGGCUGCAAGAGAUGAGUUGUUGGAAUCAGGAAUGGCAGAUGCAUCAUCGGUUUCAGCAGAUCAAAAAGCAAGACUUCUUAUGUCAACAGAGAGAUUGAAUAAAACAAGUGGUAGAGUAAGAGACAGUAGAAGGACAAUGCUGGAAACUGAAGAGCUUGGGGUUUCAAUUCUUCAAGAUUUAAAUCAACAACGACAGUCUCUCUUGCAUGCCCAUGGAACGCUUCAUGGAGUUGAUGACAACAUAGGCAAAAGCAAAAAAAUCAUGACCAACAUGUCCCGAAGGAUGAGCAGGAAUAAGUACAUAAUCGGGUCCAUAGUUGCUGUUCUUGUUAUUGCCAUCAUCUUGAUCCUCUACUUCAAAUUGAGGAAGUAGAUUUUCAAUUUCAAGUAAACCUAUUUUAUUUUAUUUGAUAAUUGAUACUCAAGAGUGUUUCCCAACUCAUUUGUUGGCUUUUGUUAUUCUUGCAUGUGUGCUCUUCCUUGUGGAUUUGUGAUAUUUAAUUUCUAUUCAAAACAUGAAAUUCCAAAAAAAAAAAAAUCAACUUUUAUGCC